CUCCUCCUCCUCUAAAGGAUGACAGGGAGUGGACCAAAGUGGAGGGCUGCUCUGUCUGCGGCAGUCAACAUCAGCUCCUCUGUCUCCCAACACUGAGUGACCAACAAACUCUCUGUCCAGAUUAUGGGAUCUUAUCCAAGUGCCGGGCUGACUGAUCCGGUUCAAAUCUGGAUCUAACGUCCUUGUUUUUCCAGCGUUGUGAACGUCAACCUGUGCAGCUCUCAUCCAGGACUGAGGAUCUGUCGUUUGGUGGACGGUCCUGGAGUUCGGCGUGUAAAAGGAAAGUCCUGGAGAUGGUAGAUAUUUGAACUGACAGUGAAUCAGGAUGGAGCCUGUUAAAAGAGACAUGGAGCUGCUCAGUAACAGCAUGGCAACCUACGCUCACAUCAAAGCCAAUCCAGAGAGCUUCGCCCUCUACUUCAUGAUGGGCGUCUGUUUCGGCCUGCUCAUGGCGCUGUGCCUCAUGGUGGUGGGCGUCGCCUGCAGGACUCGCCGCCCCAGAAGGCCUCCCCCUUCCCCCGAGAGGAGACAGCUGAAGGAGUCCAGCGAGGAAGAGGAGGAGGAUGAGGAGGAGGAGAGCAUUGCGGAGGAAGACGGGCAGGAGGUGGAGAUCCCUAAAGUGACUAUGGGGCCCCUGAGCAGCGACCGCAGCAGCCAGUCCAACGGCACUCUGAGGAGCGUGAACGUCUUCGCCUCUGCCGAGGAGCUGGAGAAGGCCCGACGUCUGGAGGAGAGGGAACGGAUCGUCAGGGAGAUCUGGAGGAACGGACAGCCGGACAUCCUGGUCACAGGGACGGGAACUAUUGGACGAGUGCAUUACCACUAACAGACACUGCUGACUGUGGCCCUCAAAAUCCACCUCAUGACUGCAAAGGGCAGAUAGAGACCUUUUCACCUUGACUUGUGUGGAAGCCCAAAGUGUUCAAUAUUAAAAUAAGGGACUGUGUGAAGAUGAUUGUGGUGGUGAGGAGGAGAAAAAGCAUUAAUAACCCCUUCCCGAGUUAUUAAUGCUUUCUUUUAUUUGGCUGUUUACCAUCUAGAUGAAAAGUCAGGAUCACUAAAGCAAUAUCAAUCCCUCCAAUAGUUGCCAACCACAUGGUGGCGCUAGAGGAACAUCAGAGGAUCACCAAAGUCAGUAGGAUUAAUCUUCUGGGAACCACGAAUGUCUGCACCAAUUUUCGUGCCAAUCCAUCUAGUAGAUUUUGAGAUAUUUCACUAGAUAAGUGGAAGAUUUGAUCUGCUUGUGGCACUAAAAGAAGUCAGGGGAUCACCAAAGUCUGUAGGAUUCAUCUUCUGGGGACCACGAAUGUCUGUAGAAAACUUAAUGUCAGUCCAUCAAAUAGUUCUUGACUUAUUUCAGUUUGGACUGAAGAGUCCAACUGCUAACAUGAACAUAUUAAAUCAAUAUUAAAGUGUUAAAUCAGUCCAAUUUCUUCUAUUCCAACUUAAAUUAGGUAAAAUACAAGUUACUACCCUUCAGCCAAAAUAAUAUUUAUCUGCCCUCCUCUCUCCCCCUAAUAACUUCUUUUAGCAAAACAAAAUAAUUACUCAUAUGAAUAAAUAUCUAAAAACCUGCAAUAAAAUCCACAUUUUCAAAUAACCUAAUACAUUUUUUAACUCAGCUCAAUGUUAUAAAUGUUAUUUCAUCCAGUUUCUUUUCACAACAUCUUUAUUGCUCAAGAAAAAAACUGUUUGUCCUGCUUGAAAAGUGUCAAUAUGAAAUAAAAUGAGAUCUUGCAAUAAACUCUCUUAUUGUGAAAAGCAGAAUAAAUAACAUUGUAAUAAUAAUGAGAUGAGUUUCAAAGGUUUAUUUAAUUAUUUUUACAGUAUCAGUGUUAUAUAUUUUGUCUGUUUUAGUAUUGAACACUUUUGGCCUCCACAGAUUUUGGUAUCAUGUUACUUGUGACAUAAAGAUUUUGUAUGCAGCAUUAAGCUUCAUGUGUAUUUUACCAUAUCACUGAAAUGUUAAUAAUUAAAAGUUGAACCACUUUUUGAGCCAAAAACAAAACAUUAUAUUUAUCAUUUGAUGUAACAGAGCCCAUGUGUCAAUUUUUGUGUGUUAAACUGAGUUUUAUUUGCUUUCUUGAUACCACUCCUGUGUCUUGUUUGGGUAAAUAACCGGUAUGUAGCAGCUGGAGCUGAGAGAAGGUUAGCUUAGCACAAACACUGGGAACAGGUGGAAACAGCUAGCCUAGGGACCAAAAUCCACCUAACAGCACAUUGAAGUGUAAAAAGGACAACUUCUGAGGUUGUCAGGCAAUCAAGAAACAUAAAAUUAAAUAAAAAUUUUAAGCAAUAAUGUGUAACUUUCUGUGGUUAGUAAUAGUAAAUUGAAUAUGUUUGAGGUAACAGUCCAAAUUUCUGUUAAUUUUUCAAUGAUAUAAAAGAGAAAAUCAGUAAAUCCUCACAUUUAAUAAACUUAAUUCAAAGAUU